AUGGGCUUCAUGACCAUGCCGGCGCCCCAGGACCGCCUUCCCUCCUCCUGUGGCCAGGGCUUCACUGUGCGUUCCCAGUCUCUACACUCCGUUGGCAGUGGAGACGAGGAUGGGAGCCCCAACUCCCGUAAGCAACCGCCGCCCAAACCCAAGAGAGACCCCAACACUAAGCUCAGCAUCUCCUCUGAGGGUGUGAACUCUGGAUCUGCCUCCAGCAAUUGCAACAGAGACAGCCUGGACAAGUUUGACCGUGAGUGGCCUGGCCUGUGUGUGUGUGUGUGUGUGUGUGUGUGUGUGUGUGUGUGUGUGUCCAUGUCAACUUCAAAUGAGGUUACUGUUCUUAUGAGGAAACUUCUUAGGUAGCCUGAUCCUAUAUAUUGUACAGUUGAAGUCUGAAGUUUACAUACACCAUAGCCAAAUAUAUUUAAACUCAGUUUUUCACAAUUCCUGACAUUUAAUCCUAGUAAAAAUUCCCUGUCUUAGGUCAGUUAGGAUCACCACUUUAUUUUAAGAAUGUAAAAUGUCAGAAUAAUUGUAGAGAGAAUGAUUUAUUUCAGCUUAUAUUUCUUUCAUCACAUUCCCAGUGGGUCAGAAGUUUACACACACUCAAUUAGUAUUUGGUAGCAUUGCCUUUAAAUUGUUUAGCUUGGGUCAAACGUUUCGGGUAGCCUUCCAGAAGCUUCCCACAAUAAAUUGGGUGAAUUUUGGCCCAUUCCUACUGACAGAGUAAGGUUUGUAGGCCUCCUUGCUCGCAUACGCUUUUUCAGUUCUGCCCACAAAUGUUCUAUAGGAUUGAGGUCAGGGCUUUGUGAUGGCCACUCCAAUACCUUGACUUUGUUGUCCUUAAGCCAUUUUGCCACAACUUUGGAAGUAUGCUUGGGGUCAUUGUCCAUUUGGAAGACCCAUUUGCGACCAAGCUUUAACUUCCUGACUGAUGUCUUGAGAUGUUGCUUCAAUAGAUCCACAACAUUUUCCUUCCUCAUGAUGCCAUCUAUUUUGUGAAGUGCACCAGUCCCUCCUGCAGCAAAGCACCCCCACAGCAUGAUGCUGCCACCACCGUGCUUCACGGUUGGGAUGGUGUUCUUCGGCUUGUAAGCAGCCCCCUUUUUCCUCCAAACAUAACGAUGGUCAUUAUGGCCAAACAGUUCUAUUUUUGUUUCAUCAGACCAGAGGACAUUUCUCCAAAAAGUACGAUCUUUGUCCCCAUGUGCAGUUGCAAAAUGUAGUCAGGCUUUUUUAUGGCGGUUUUGGAGCAGUGGCUUCUUCCUUACUGAGUGGCCUUUCAGGUUAUGUUGAUAUAGGACUCGUUUUACUGUAGAUAUAGAUACUUUUGUACCUGUUUCCUCCAGCAUCUUCACAAGGUCCUUUGCUGUUGUUCUGGGAUUGAUUUGCACUUUUCGCACCAAAGUACGUUCAUCUCUAGGAGACAGAACGCAUCUCCUUCCUGAGCGGUAUGACAGCUGCGUGGUCCCAUGGUGUUUAUACUUGCAUACUAUUGUUCGUACAGAUGAACGUGGUACCUUCAGGCGUUUGGACUUGGCUGAUUUCUUUUGAUUUUCCUAUGAUGUCAAGCAAAGAGGCACUGAGUUUGAAGGUAGGCCUUGAAAUACAAUUACAGGUACACCUCCAAUUGACUCAAAUGAUGUCAAUUAGCCUAUCAGAAGCUUCUAAAACCAUGACAUCAUAUUCUUUAAUUUUCCAAGCUGUUUAAAGGCACAGUCAAUUUAGUGUAUGUAAACUUCUGACCCACUGGAAUUGUGAUAAGCAAGCAUUUCACGGUAAGGUCUACACCUGCUGUAUUCGGCGCAUGUGACAAAUACAAUUCUAUUUUACUUGGAACCCGCUGAUUCCAAGUAAAAUAAUGCAGAGUUAAAAAUCACGAGAAUUAACAACAGAAAAUGUAAAAUGGUAACACAAUAAAUAACAAUAAUGAGGCUAUAUAAAUAGGGGUAUGAGGUAGCUGAAGUAAAAUGUACAUGUAGGUAGGGGUAAAAGUGACUAGGCAAUUGGAAAUCAGGAUAGAUAAUAAACAGAGUAGCAGCAGCGUAUGUGGAGAGUGUGAAAGUGUACAUGUAUGUGUGUGUGUGGUGUCAAUAUGCAUGUGUGUGUGUUUUUUUUGUUUGUGUGUGUGUGUGGUGUUCAGGUUCCUUUUGGUCCCAGACUUGGCACUCUGGUACCGCUUGCCGUAGCAGAGUGAACAGUCUAUGGCUUGGGUGGCUGGGGUCUUUGACAAUUUGCUGGACCUUCCUCUGACACCGCCUGGUAUAGAGGUCCUGGAUGGCAGGGAGCUCCGCCCAGUGAUGUACUGAGCCGUCCACACCACCAUCUGUAGCGCCUUGCGAUCGAGGGCGGUUCAGUUGCCAUACCAAGCGGUGAUGAAGCCAGUCAAGAUGCUCUCAAUGGUGCAGCUGUAGAGCUUUUUGAGGAUCUGAGGGGCCAUGCCAAAUCUUUUCUACCUUCUGAAUGGGAUGAGGCGCUGUCAUGCCUUUUUCACGUCUGUGCUGGUGUGAGAGGACCAUGUCUUAAGUGAUGUGGACACAGAGGAACUUGAAGCUCUCGACCAGCUCCACUACAGCCCCAUCGAUGUGGUCAAUGAUCAGCUCCUUUGUCUUGCUGAUGUUGACGGAGAUGGCGGCCUCGCGACUAGCUCUUAGGAAACUUUGCGGUAUUUUUUUUAUUUUUAUGUAUUAUUAUUUUUACAUUACUAGCUAAUAAAAUGUUUUGUAUCAUUACAUACAGCCAGGAAAAACUAUUGGAUAUCAGAGCGGCGGUAACUCACCAGAACUACCAGCAUUACGAUAAGGAAUACAACUUUCCCGAAGCAGAUCCUUUGUUCGUGCUCCCCAGGGCAAUUGAACUGAUUCCAGGGCCGUCCCAAAACAUCGCCGGCGGAGGAGAGGCACUCGGAGAGCCCUGCUGGUUCGACUUAGGAGGCGCGCACACCAACCACCGCUUCCGAGUAUAUUACUAGCUAAUGUUCAGUCUUUGGAUAACAAAGUUGACGAGCUCAGGGCAAGGGUUUCUUUCCAGAGAGACAUCAGAGCCUGUAACAUACUUUGUUUAAUGGAAACAUGGCUCUCACAGGAUAUUCUGUCGAAAUCGGUCCAGCCAGAUGGGUUCUCAGUUCAUCGUGCAGACAUAAAUAAAUAUCUCUCUGGGAAGCAGAAGGGCCCACUACUGUACUCCUUGUUCACCCAUGACUGCAUGGCCAGAUGGCAUCCCUAGCCGCGUCCUCAGAGCAUGCGCAGACCAGCUGGAUGGUGUGUUUACGGACAAAUUCAAUCUCUCCCUAUCCCAGUCUGCUGUCCCCACAUACUUCAAGAUGGCCACCAUUGUUCCUGUACCCAAGAAAGCACAGGUAACUGAACUAAAUGACUAUCGCCCCAUAUCACUCACCUCUGUCAUCAUGAAGUGAUUUGAGAGACUAGGCAAGGAUCAUAUCACCUCUACCUUACCUGUCACCCUAGACCCACUUCAAUUUGCUUACCGCCCCAAUAGAUCCACAGACGAUGCAAUCGCCAUCACACUGUACACUGCCCUAUCCCAUCUGGACAAGAGGAAUACCUAUGUAAGAAUGCUGUUCAUUGACUAUAGCUCAGCAUUCAACACCAUAGUACCCUCCAAGCUCAUCAUUAAGCUUGAGGUCCUAGGUCUGAACCCCGGCCUGUGCAACUGGGUCCUGGACUUCCUGACGGGCCGCCCCCCAGGUGGUGAAGGUAGGAAACAACACCUCCACUUUGCUAAGGUGAGCAGGCUAUGUUGUUCAAACAGUUGGAGAUGGACAGGAGGGUCUAUUCAUAACAGUUCAACUGUUCUACCUUGUUAGCAAGCAAAUAGAUCCAAGUUUUCCAACAGUCUUGAUGGAGUUCCCACAUAUGCUGAGCACUUAUUGGCUGCUUUUCCUUCACUCUACUGUCCGACUCAUCCCAAACCAUCUCAAUUGGGUUGAGGUCGGGAUAUUGUGGAGGCCAGGUCAUCUGAUGCAGCACUCCAUCACUCUCCUUCUUGAGGUGUGUUGGGUCAUUGUCCUGUUGAAAAACAAAUAAAAGUCCCACUAAGCCCAAACCAGAUGGGAUGGCGUGUCGCUGCAGAAUGCUGUGGUAGUCAUGCUGGUUAAGUGAAUUCUAAAUCAAUCACAGACAGUGUCACCAGCAAAGCACCCCCACACCAUAACACCUCCUCCUCCAUGCUUUACGGUGGGAACUACACAUGCGGAGAUCAUCCGUUCACCCACACCACGUCUCACAAAGACACAGCAGUUUGGACUCCAGACCAAAGGAACAUUUCCACGGGUCUAAUGUCCAUUGCUCAUGUUUCCUGGCCCAAGCAGGUCUCUUCUUCUUAUUGGUGUCCUUUAGCAGUUUUCUUUGCAGCAAUUCGACAAUGAAGGCCUGAUUCACAAAGUCCCCUCUGAACAAUUGAUGUUGAGAUGUGUCUGUUACUUGAACUAUGUGAAGCAUUUAUUUGGGCUGCAAUUUCUGAGGCUGGUAACUCUAAUGAACAUCCUCUGCAGCAGAGGUAACUCUGGGUCUUCCAUUCCUGUGUCGGUCCUCAUGAGAGCCAGUUUCAACAUAGCGCUUGAAGGUUUUUGUGACUGCACUUGAAGAAACUUUCAAAGUUCUUGACAUUUUCGGUAUUGACUGACCUUCAUGUCUUAAAGUAAUGAUAGACUGUUGUUUCUCUUUGCUUAUUUUAGUUAUUCUUGCCAUAAUAUGGACUUGGUCUUUUACCAAAUAGGGCUCUCUUCUGUAUACCCCCCCUACCUUGUCACAACACAACUGAUUGGCUCAAACACAUUAAGAAGGGAAGAAAUUCCACAAAUUAACUUUUAAGAAGGCACCCCUUUUAAUUCCAGGUGACUACCUCAUGAAGCUGGUUGAGAGAACGCCAAGAGUGUGCAAAGCUGUCAUCAAGGCAAAGGGUGGCUAUUUGUAGAAUCUCAAAUAUAAAAUAUGUUUUGAUUUGUUUAACACUUUUUUGGUUACUACAUGAUUCCAUAUGUGCUAUUUCAUAGUUUUGAUGUGUUCACUAUUAUUCUACAAUGUAAAAAAUAGUAAAAAUAAAGAAAAACCCUUGAAUGAGUAGGUGUGUCCAAACUUUUGACUGGUACUGUAUAUAUAAGAUAAACAUACUGUUGACACUUAGGCUAUGGUGUAAUGGAAUGUUUUGCCUUGUGUGGUAGGCUUUGUGGGUUUUGACACUCUUAUGUAGGUGUCAUAACAGCCAUAAAAUAAGUACCGUGGCAGGUUUUGUGGGUUUUGACACUCUUAUGUAGGUGUCAUAACAGCCAUAAAAUAAGUACCGUGGUAGGUUUUGUGGGUUUUUACGCUCUUAUGUAGGUGUCAUAAACAGCCAUAAAAUAACACAAUAUAUGUCACAACGUGUCUAAAUAUAUUUGUCAUGACCAUAUAAUAACAGGUUAUGACAAGUUAUGUCAGCUGUUAUAACAUAUUAUGACAUGGUUAUGACUGUGUUAUAAGGUGUUAUGCCGCUGGGUGUCAAGUGUUAACAGAGAUUGUUGAUGAGAUCUGUGUUCAUUUUCUAUAAUGCCUGCUACAAGAAAUUGGUCAUUAUUAGUGAAUGUGCAUUGUGCAUCGUUCUUUAAAAAUUUGUAACAAAAAUCGCAUUUUCAUAACAAUACUUGAAAUCCAGAUUAGUGAUUAUUGCAAAAAAGCAGGUUCAACUAUUUUGAUAAAAUAAUUACAUGAUUAGUGGGUCUUAUGGUUCUGAAAGGCUUAUAUUUAGCCUAGGUAUAAUUUUACAGGCCCUGAAUUCAUUAGAUUAUUCAUGGCUGUUUGAAAUGCAGUGUAUUGACCUAUAAUUAUGCAACACAUAUUUUUUCUAGGAAACAUUUAAAAAAUCUAGAUAUGAUAUUGUGAAUCGCCCAUAAGUUUGAAACAAUCGAGAUAUAAUUUUUAGGCCAUAUCGCCCAGCCCUAGCUUGGAGGGGACUAGGGUGUUGAAUGCUGAGCUUGUCCAGGUGGGAGAGAGAAGUGUGGAGUGCAAUAGAGAUUGUGUCAUCUGUGGAUCGGUUGGGGCGGUAUGUGAAUUGGAGUGGGUCCAGGGUGUCUGGGAUGAUGGUGUUGAUGUGUGCCAUGACCAGCCUUUCAAAACAUGGUUACAGAUGUGAGUCCUACGGGACGAUAGUCAUUUAGGCAGGUUACCUUUGAGUUCUUAGGAACAGGGACAAUGGUGGUCUGCUUGAAACAUGUUGGGAUUACAGACUGGGACAAGGACAUGUUGAAAAUGUCUGUGAAGACACUUACAUUUACAUUGUAGUCAUAUAGCAGAUACUCUUAUCCAGAGCGACUUACAGUUAGUGAGUGCAUACAUAAUUGUUUUUAUGUUUUCAUACUGCAGCUGGUCUGCGCAUGCUCUGAGAACUCAGUCGCCCAGGACAGCAGGGGAUCUCAUGCCUGGCUUAGUCUUGUUUGCCUCGAAGCAAGCAUAGAAGGCAUUCAGGUCGUCUGGGAGGUUUGUGUCACUGGGCAACUCACGCCUGGUUUUCCUUUGGUAAUCCGUGAUAUUCUGCAAACGAGCGUUGGAGCCGGUGUAGUAGGAUUCUAUCUUAGUCCUACUUUGACCUUUUCCAUGUUUGAUGGCUCGUCGGAGGUCAUAGCGGGCUUUCUUGUAAGCGUCCAUGUCCUUGUCCCGUUCCUUGAAAGUGGUAGCUCUUUAGCCCGGUGCGGAUAGUGGCUUUUGGUUUGGGUACGUACAUUUGGUCACUGUGAGGACGACGUUUUCAAUGCAUUUAUUGAUGAAACCCCUGACUGAUGUGGUAAACUCCUUAUUGUUAUCGGAUAUUCCAGUCUGUGCUAGCGAGGCAGUCUUGUAGCUUAGCGUCCGCUUCUUCAGACCACUUCCAUAUUGACCACUGGUACUUCCUGUUUGAGUUUCUGCUUGUAAACAGGAAACAGGAGGAUGGCGUCAUGGUUUGAUUUGCCGAAGGAAUGGCGAGGGAGUGCCUUGUAUGCGUUUCUGUGGUUAGAGUAAAAGUGGUCCAGAGUGUUAGCGCCUCUUGUGGCACAGGAUAAGGGUUGGUAAAAGUGGGGUAAAACGCAUUUCAGCAUUUUCUUGUUUGUUUACGUCACAGUCAUUGGCCCAAGCCGCAGUAGCAGCACGUCAGUAGGGGUAGUAGCAGUAUAUAGCCUUACUCUGAAUCUUUCAGGAGAGAAAUAUAGGAUUCUUCUUCAUCUCCUCAGCAUUGUCUGUAUGCAGAUGUCCUCACUUCUCUCUCUCUCUCCUAUCUCUCUCUGUUCUCCGCUCCACACUCUUCUCAUCCCUCUCUUAGGCUCUCACAGGUCUUCAUACAUACUAGGGUUGAAUAUUUUCCCGUUAUUUUACAAAUGUUCCAUCCCGAGAAUAAAUAACUUUUCUCCCUGGUAACCUGGUAUUUCCCGCCAAAACUGGAAGUGUCAUUCUAAAGCAUAUAAAGCAUAUAAAUAUGUCUGGAUUUCAUUAGAGCUUUGAUCGGCAUUACAAUUCAUGUCACAACUUCCGCCGAGGCUGCCUCCCCUCCUUGUUCGGGCAGGUUUCGGCGUUCGUCGUCACCGGCUUACUAGCUGCUGCCGAUCCAUUUAUCAUCACUCCACAAGUCUUGUCUAAUUAAUCACACACACCUGGUCCUUAUCCCCAAUUAGUCAUUGUAUAAGUGUUCCCUCUGCUUCCUUGUCUGUGUGGGUGAUUGUUUGUUGUGAGCUGUGAGUAGUGCGGUUGAGCUACCCUUACCUUGUUGUUGCCAGGGUAGAUAUUUCCCCUGUGCCUGAGUUUUGUUGUCGCAUGCUUGCGCAACUGUUUAUCGACCGAAUAAACUCUUUGGAUGCGUAUUACUCUCCUGCGCCUGACUCCUUCUAUCACACGCAUCACAAUUCAAGCCUGAUGCUACCUGAGCUUGAUGAUCCAUACAUUAAAGAUAUUUUAUGAGCAAAAAAUAUUUUGUGAGCCCAAGCCCAAAAAAGCCCAAAUGAUUGUGCUGUUAUCCAGCACAUGGAUAGCACAUUACACACUACAGAAAAACAUAAAAGCCCAUAGAUUUAGCUAUGCUCUCUUGGGUUACUAAUGGUUUUCUUUGAGACUGUGGUCCCAGCUCUCUUCAGGUCAUUGACCAGGUCCUGCCGUGUUGUUCUGGGCUGAUCCCUCACCUUCCUCAUGAUCAUUGAUGCCCCACAAGGUGAGAUCUUGCAUGGAGCCCCAGACCGAGGGUGAUUGACCGUCAUCUUGAACUUCUUCAAUUUUCUAAUAAUUGCGCCAACAGUUGUUGCCUUCUCACCAAGCUGCUUGCCUAUUGUCCUGUAGCCCAUCCCAGCCUUGUGCAGGUCUACAAUUGUAUCCCUGAUGUCCUUACACAGUUCUCUGGUCUUGGCCAUUGUGGAGAGGUUGGAGUCUGUUUGAUUGAGUGUGUGGACAGGUGUCUUUUAUACAGGUAACGAGUUCAAACAGGUGCAGUUAAUACAGGUAAUGAGUGGAGAACAGGAGGGCUUCUUAAAGAAAAACUAACAGGUCUGUGAGAGGCAGAAUUCUUACUGGUUGGUAGGUGAUCAAAUACUUAUGUCAUGCAAUAAAAUGCAAAUUAAUUACUUAAAAAUCAUACAUUGUGAUUUUCUGGAUUUUUGUUUUAGAUUCCGUCUCUCACAGUUGAAGUGUACCUAUGAUACAAAUUACAGAGCCUUACAUGCUUUGUAAGUAGGAAAACCUGCAAAAUCGGCAGUGUAUCAAAUACUUGUUCUCCCCACUGUACAUGUUCUUGCUAUUAUUAGGCUAUUAUGGCAUGGGCGGCAGGUAGCUUAGUGGUUAAGAGCGUAGUGCCAGUAACCGAAAGGUCGCUGGUUCUAAUCCCCGAGCCGACUAGGUGAAAAAUCUGUCGAUGUGCCCUUGAGCAAGGCACUUAACCCUAAUUGCUCCUGUAAGUCGCUCUGAAUAAGAGCGUCUGCCAAAUGACUAAAAUGUAAAUGUAAUAAUCUUAAAACAACAGAACAUAACAAAACAGAUCCAGGGAGGGCCCCAGGGAUCGCUGGUGGUCAUGGGGACAAAGAAAGUCGCUUCUUGCCGCUGGCAAAUUGAAAUAAAAUAGAAAUUGAUCAUUAAUAAAUAAUUUAAUAGGCAACUUAUUGGAAAUGUCAGAAUAAUUGGGAGACCAAUAGUUACUGUAGGACAUGUGCAUUUAAGUUUACUUCCAAACUUCCAAUUAGUUGUUUAUUCACAUAAAGGCUACAUAUUAUUGUGUAGAAACAGGAUCGCGUCCACGGUGGAGGGUUUCAGCAUGGUUCUCCUUUUGUCUAUGGUCCGGCCUGCCGCGCUGAAUACUUUUUACUGCUGCUGCUGGCCGGGACGCAAAGCACACUUCUCGCCAACUUGGCUAGCCGUGGAUACACUGUGCUGUUGGACUUACACCAUCCUAACAGGUCUCUUUUGUCUGUCAUCACAGGCCUCUGUGGUGUAUCUUGUCACCUUGUCAUUAUCGUCUUCAUUGGCAUUCUCUGUGACAUUUUCCCACUAUGAAAAGUCCAACCCUGUUCUCUUGGCGGGGUGUGGCACAGACGCAUUGUCUUCUGUAGGCUCCUCGGAUGGUGGCACAGCCAUGGAUUGUAAAAGUGUGCGCACAUGGUCAUAGACAUCUUGCCUGUCUCGGGCGGGCAGCAUCCUCAACUGGUUGAACUUGGGCCAGAGGAACGCGUUGCCACCUUGUGUAGGUCUUUGAUGUCCACCUUCCUCUCCAACCAACCGCUUUGACGCUGUUGCGAGUCAAGUGCAUGGGGCUGACAGUGGCGCUUUGGUCUCUCUGACCUGAGACAAACCAGUUUUAGAGAGGGAUACUUUUCCAGUUCCUUCUGUGCGUCAUAAAACGGUUUUAGGAACUCCAGGGGAUACUGCAGGUAAUUAUUUUGACUCUCUCACUCUCUCCGCGGGCCUCCAGCUUCUCGUGUACCUCAUUGUACACGUCCUGGACAGACUUGAGGGUCAGGUACACCGUACUAAACCUUGUGUCUCCCAUCUGCAGCUGGGUCUUUGAGAGUUGCGCAGCCAGCCCAGACUGCUUGACAUACCUGUAGAGAGUAUGAAAAGCACAUCAUAAACCUUCAAAACCGGUGCGUGGCAAAAUAAGAUGCACAUGGAAAGCUAUAUGAAUGAAUUAGGUCUAUAUUAUUAUUAUUUUGUUUAUAUUAAUUAUAUUCCUAAAAUGCAUUGUUGCUAAAGGUAUGACAUGUUUAUAUAAAGCAAAAUAAUUAGGAUAACAUACUGCAUUGUAUUUAUUUAGCAUAUAUCAUCAUAUCAUAAGUAACCUACCUGACAAGUGAGCGUUUCAGCAACGUCAGUCGCGUGGAUGGCCAGUGCUGCUCCAUCAAGGGCAUGUCCCAGCACCUUGUAUAGAACUUGGUCCUCGCAGUCCAGCCUCUGAUAUGGCCAAAGGGCUAGAACGAUGUUGGAGCCCUGGUCAGUUACCCUAACAAUUUUGCUUAAUGACGUAGUGUCGAGGCCAAACUUGGUCACUAUUUCCCCCGGUUUUGGCAUCUUCUGCUGGAAACUGUGCUGUGGUCAGGUUUCUUGCGACUAACUGGAAAUCUGCGGUAAUAUAAUGGCAUGUUAUUGUCAGAUAACUAAGCUGCCGAUAGUCAUCAGUCCAUAUGUCUGUUGUCUUCCCGACAGUUCCCUCUUUUAGGAUGUUUCAACUUCUCUGUCAGGUUUUCUCUCUUUUCAUCUGCCAGGGGCAGAACAGAGGUAGCAGUCACCUUCCCGUAAGUAGCCAGCACAUCAAUAAGCUUUUGGGCAAGCUCCUCAAAGCCUGCCCCUUCUACAGUAUUGAAGGGCCGAACAUCCUUACAGCAAAAACUGACGCAUUUGUCAGGUACCGACUGCUUUACUUUAAGUGGCACAGUUACGUUUUUGUUAACAAAUGCAGACAUAGAGGUUUGGCCUGGGGAAGAGGCCGUCGCACCAGGGCAUCUGUUAAAAUGGCACUACAGAGAAGACGUAUCUGUUGUCUUGCUGUCAUACUUUCAAAAUGCCCCGCUCCCUUUGAAUUUUGCAUUGCCAGAGGAUUCACCACUGGUUUUAACAACCAGGUCAAAUGUUUUCCAGACAUCAGACUUCACCUGUGGCAAGACCCUUCUUCACAUCCUUCGCAUCCAUUUUGCUACCGGCACAUGUGUUACAACGGUUUUCGGAGGUUAUAAUCAAUGUAUUAAUGUGAUUAUGACAGUCCGGCCUUACCCUAUUGGUCAUGCACUACAUGCACGGUGCCACGUGAAUAGAGCAUGGCAAUGGUUGAAGGUAAUGGGGAAUGUCUUUGCUUUUAACAGAUGAGGGAUUUCAGUAACAUAACUUUCCAGUAAGAGAAACAACAGGUAAACAUUUUUAUAAAUAAUGACUGUAAUUAGGUAUAGCUUCAGUAACAUGGACAGCGGGAUACACACUGUUGCUGGCUGCACUGCCUGUCCUGCUCGUUGACAGAGAGGAGGAGAGAGAGUCAAGCUGCAGCAUUUUCUUUGUGUGACAUUUUUUUACACAUCCUGACAAGCCCGAGCCCAGGCCAGCCCGAGUAAAUUUUUUGAAUUUGAGGCCUGGCCUGGAAUGACAACUCUACCCCUAACCUUGAGCCUAAUGCUAACCCUAACUCUGAAGAAACAAAUACCCAUGUACUUGCAAGCAGUGGCGGCUCCUGAAAAAAUUCUCAGGAGGGGCAAUUUUUCUGAUGAUUUAGGUGACCUACACACAUUUAAAAAAAAGAUAUGUCCAGCAACAACAUGAAGACAGGGGCAGCAUAUAAGUCAAUACCAGAAGCAUUUAUUGACUGAUCUCAAAAGUGUUGGCUUACCAGGGUUGGUGGAGCCCUCAGUUUCAUCUUUGCCUCGCAAAGCUAACUCAAACACUCCGCAAAACUUCACACACUGGAUUAGCCGGCUGAGGAUGUGGCGGUUCUUGCUAAUGUCGUAGUAAAUAUAUUUGUUAUAGUGAAUAUGGAAUAUGAUAUGUUGAGUAAAAUGUUGUGCUAAGAUCUAUUUAGGUCAGGAGCUGGUUAUAAGUUCUGUUCCUAUCCAAUAACAAUGGACAAAAGGGUCCUAUCUUGUCAGCCUUGUCAGCAGGUGGCCAAGGACAACACCCACGCCAUAGGCCUCUCAGUUCUUCCAACUCACGAGUUCUUGCUCUGAGGACACACACACACACAAACACACACACACACACAUCAUCACUGUUAAACACACACACACACACACACACAUCAUCACUGUUAAACACACACACACACACACACAAAAAUCCCCUCUCUUAGGCUGAACAUUUGAAGACAGAGAACCCGACUCAGAGCCAAUGCAACAGUGACAGUAGCCUGGAGGUGACCUCGCCCAACUCAUCAGGACCAAUCAGAAGAUCAGAACUACUAGAUUGAACCUACUUCAUUUAUUGCAUAAAAUGUCUGCACACAAUGUUUCGGGGCUCUCUUCAGAUAAUAAUAAUAAUAAUAAUAAUAUGCCAUUUAGCAGACGCUUUUAUCCAAAGCGACUUACAGUCAUGCGUGCAUACAUUUUUGUGUAUGGGUGGUCCCGGGGAUCGAACCCACUACCUUGGCGUUACAAGCACCAUGCUCUACCAGCUGAGCUACAGAAAGUGGAUACUCAUGGAUGCGCAUUGCAAUUGUAAAAUGUCAACACAAUUGGAGACACCACGUCAUUUUUGGAGACAUGUUAUUGACAGUAAACUAUUGUAGAUGCGACUGCUAACUAAAUAAAACAUUUUAGCUGGCUAGCUAAUCAUCUUAGCUAAAUGUGGGGCAAACAAUUCAGUUAUUUACCGUUAAUUUGAGGGAUUGGGGUGAAAGAAAUCGAGUUACAUAGUGAUACUUUACGAUAUACUGUAUUGACAAUAUCGCAAUAUUUUAGCGCUAGUUGGCUGUACCUGCACCAAAACACCAUUAUUGUUCCUUCAUAGCUUGUUCUCAAUCUUUUCACAUUGGGAGCCAAUUAGUUUUCAGCACUUUUAUUUCCAUGACUGAUCAAAACUCGUUCUCAUGGCUUUCUGAUCCCUCUGCAACAGACAUAUGGUGCGCAAUAAAAUCACAGUAUCGAAUCGCAAUACGUAUAGAAUCAUGAGACUCGCAAUGCUGAUGCAUAUAUCUUAUCGUGAGGUUCCUGGCAAUUCCCAGCCCAAGUUCAUUUGCCACAACAAAUCUCUUCGCUAGCAAACGCGAUGUCUUCUCCAAAACGACAAUGUGUCUCCAGCAAUGUUUACUUUUUUGACGUUCUAUGGCAUCUCCACUUUCCAAGCAUAUAUGACCACAUGUAAUAUUUUGGUAAGUGAUGCAAAUAGUGAACUAUGUAGGGCCAGGAUGUAAAAUAUAUGUAGCUGCAGCAAUUUCUCUUAUCUGAUAUGGUAAGUAAUGGGGCUUAAUUUAUUGCUCCCUAAGAGUUUGACGAACGGGUCCGUGAACGCGAUUCCAGAUAUAUUUACCUCUGAAUAAACUGCCUUUAUUACACCAUAUCCACAUCCAGUAAACUUGUGAUUAUCAACACUAACCUCAUCGUUGUGGCGGCGGACAGCUAGCCUGUAUCCCUCGUCAUCCAGUUGAGUGGCAAUGUCUUUUUUCGUUCGUACCAAUUUUUGGAAAAUCCUCGGGUGUAGGACUUUCCGCCUUUAGUAGAAACCUGUUGAAUUAUUAAAUUUGGUCUGGGAGGUCCUAAUUGUUUCGUUGCCAAUUUAUCUUAAUUUGUUCGCCGACAAAAAGGAACUUCUUUCAAAGACACAAUCGAGUUGGACUGAAGCCUAGCCAUUUUGAUAGUAGUAGUGAAUUGAUUGAGGCUGCUACCUGGUCUUUUCUUAGUUACGUUCAUUCGUGGUUACGUUAUGUAUGACGAAAGCGCGUAAGUGCAAGCCCACAGACACCCAUAGAGAAUGUAUUGAAAGCUUUGAAAUGUGAAAAAAAUAGAUUUUACAUGACAGGCUAUGAGAGACUUCUGGGCGAUUUUCAACCUGACUGAAAUCGCCCAAAAAACGGGCGGGGCCAUUUGAAGCACGACUUUAGCCUGAUUUGACAUUUAGUGGCUGUCAGAUCAGACGUGAACACUGAUAACUGCUGUUGCCGUGAUAUAAUUUUUUAUAAAUUUAUAAAAAAAAUAUAUAUAUAUAUUUUUUAUUUUUAUAAUUGAUUAGAAAAAAAAUCCCUUCCUUUUCCCGUUUGGCAGUGCGUCGCCCAUAUCGCCCUAUUGAACAAGCCGUCCCUGCUUGCAAGUGAGGAAAAAAAGGAUGUACUUGCCGGGGCGUCCAGUGUGGCAGUCCCCUGCACCUCUCCAAAACCUGUAUAUGUAUGUGUAUGUAUCUGUGUCUUUCAGAAGGGUUAAAAAGCGUAGGUAAAAUUUUGGUUGGACCUUGUGUGCAAUUGACCAAUAAAGUGAUCUUAAUCUUAAUCAAUUCUGCCGCUAUUGUCCUUUGUAUCAUGGCCAUCUGCUGAUGACCUGUUUUAACGCUGCUGUCUGUCUGUCCCCCGUGCAGGGUCCAAGUCGCGACCGUUCAGUGAGGAGUACAAGCGCAUCCCUCCUCCCAAGCCAAAGAGGAACCCUAACACGCAGUUGAGCACCUCCUUCGAUGAGUCCUACAUCCAGAAUCACAGCAACAGGAAGGAAGGAAGGAGGGAAAAGCCCUCAUCGCAGAGCCAGAGCCCAGCCCCAGACACGGAGGACGAGGACGAGCCUGUCUACAUCGAGAUGGUGGGUAACAUUCAGAGGGACCUGAAGCAACGCCACCUGGAGGACGAGGACCAGAGUGAGUCGGUCUAUGAGGAAAUGAAGUACCCCAUGUUCAACGACCUGCUCCAGGACGCUAAGUGGGAACAGGACAUGGAGCAGGGUCGUUCCUCCUCCUCCCACUCCACACCCUGGGGGUCCCUCUGUGACAUCCCCAUCCCCUUCCCCAACCUGCUCACCCACCGGCCGCCCUUGCUGGUCUUCCCGCCAGCCCCUGCCCAGUGCUCGCCUAACUCGGAUGAGUCACCCCUCACCCCGCUGGACGUCACCAAGCUGCCCAUGCUGGAGAACGUUGCCACUGGGUACACCAACAAGCCCGGGGGGGGUGCCUCACCCACGACCUCUGAGGCUCCUCCCCCCUCCUCCACCCACCACCGCAAGGGGGAGAGAGAGAGAGACAGGAAACGAGAACGAGAGAAGGACAGAGAGCGGGAUCUCCAAUUCACCCACACUAUCACUGUGUCUGGCCGCUCCUCCGCCCCUCCCCUGCCCUCCACUCUCUACAAGGCAUCGGCGUCGGCCCAUGGGUACCCCCGAAGCCACUCCGCAUGUCCCUCACCCGUCAGCAUGGGCCGCUCGCUCACACCGCUCAGCCUCAAGCGCCCACCACCUUACGACACCCUGAAGAUAGGGGGCAGCAUGCCCCGAUCCACCUCUUCUGUGCCGCACGCUGCCAAGAGCUCAGUUGGUCAGGAAGGGGGAGGCAAACUGAGUAACUCUUCUUCGGCCCACAGCUCCAUGCAGAAUGUGUCGCGUUCCCACACCCCUACAAGCCCUCUGGAUGAACUCACCAACCUGUUUACCGGUGGCCGGAAUAUGCUAAAGAAGGGAUCGGGAGGGAGGAAGGUCAAGGAGACCACUGAAUGUGAGUACCUAUGA